UAUAUUCUUGUUAGCAAGUGGUUUACAUGAGCUCUAAGAUUGAACCUUCACUAAAAGAAAUUGCGGAAUUGUGUUAUAACAAAUUUCGUGAUUUGCCACAAACUGGGAAGCCCGUAAACAACCAAUGGACAGUUUUAGCUGGCAUAGUGCAGUAUGACAGAGUUGCACAAGCCGGCAAAGUUGUUGCUCUUGCUACAGGUACUAGGUGUAUCGGCCCAAGUAGACUUUGUAAUAGAGGCUAUAUACUCAAUGAUUGUCAUGCUGAGGUGUUAGCCCGUCGCGCCUUCUUACGUUAUUUGCAAAACGAGCUCUCGAAUGCAAUGUCUCAAACGCGAGAUGAGGACCAGUCCGUUUUUAUCUGGCAGUCAGCAACAGGUUGCUUUGCGCUCAACGAAAAGCUGAAGUAUCAUUUUUUAAGCACUCAAACGCCGUGUGGCGAUGCAUGCAUUAUUGCUGACGCUACACGCUUAAGUGGAGUUCCAGCAAAACGAUCGCGUUUAGACUUAGAGACUGCGCAGCCACUAAUAAAUAACCCUUCGGUAUACACGGGUGCUAAACUAUUAAAUCAACCGACUACUCCCCUCUCUGAUAACAUGUUGCAAACACCAGCAGAGCUGCGGACGAAACCGGGUAGAGGCGAACGCACUUUAUCUAUGUCAUGCAGCGACAAAUUGGCACGUUGGAAUGUGCUCGGAGUUCAAGGCGCGCUGCUCGACAUGCUGUUAGACAAACCUAUAUACUUUAGUAGCUACAACUUUUGCUGUACCGAGGCAAAUCCUGAGAGCCUGGAACGUGCCAUUUACCGUCGCUGGCAGGGCAGAGAGUGCAAUUUGAAACGAUAUCAACCGCAGCAGCCCUGCAUACGUGUAGAUAAGAAUUUAACCUUUGAACUGGCGCAGCGCAUGGAUUGGCAGCCAGCGCCUAGCAGUUUGAUAUGGGCGCUGGUGCCAGAUUUGAUAAGACCAUUUGAGAUUGCAGUAAAUGGAAAGCGUCAGGGUGUCACCAAACAGAGGCUAAACACAACGCAAGCCGCGUUAGAAGUAAGUAAAUAUAAAUUAUUCAUAAACUUUAUGGAAUUGCUAUCAGGCUGCUCAGAAGUGCGUGAAAAGCUGGGCCUGAGGGUGGAAGAAAUUAAAAACUUGAGUUACUCCGAGGUAAAAGCCUUGUCAAAAGAUUAUCAAUUAGCUUGGCAACAAUUGAAAAGGGAAUAUUUUAUGUCAUGGACUACUAAGCCCAAAGAGCUGCUCGAAUUUAGAAGACAACCGGUAAAUGAUCGAACUCAGCAAAAAGAUGGAAGGAUUUGAGUGAGGCUAAUUUCCA